ACAAUUACUGACUAUCUGUAAAAUUUUUCAUGAUUUACUGAACACGGCUUACAAAACUGCUGAUAUUACCGAGAAAAAAAUCAUGUUACAGUACAGAGUCAAAAGUCGACAGCCCCUUGUCUAUGUACAUCAUAUUUUCGCAAAUCUUAUCGCGUUCGAUUGUUGUGUUUACGUUAUUUAUCAGAAAGGUUCGUUCUUGAAAAUUGUGGAAAACAUCGAUUUUUGCGUAGAAUGGACAGCAAUUUAGUGUGCCGGCUGUGUUUGUAUAGUAACGACAACAUUUUGUCGAUAUUUGGUGAUCGUCAGCGUGAGGCCAAACUACAGGAGAAACUUGCACAAUAUUUAAAUCUAGAGGUUAAGGAAUCCGAUAUUCUGCCAAAGCAAAUAUGCUUGAAAUGCUUCCAAACAGUAGAAAGUUUUCACGUAUUCUACCAGGAAGUAGCACAAAACCAAGUGGUCUUUGCCUAUAGUAAUCAGCCUGGAAUGAUCCUAAUCAAUGAUCAAAGCUCGCAUACUACCUACAUACUAAGGGAAGAGGAUAAAAUCAAUUCACCUUGUCUAGAACUUGAUGCUGGAAGCUCUAGUAUGAAGAUAGAAAGUAUCCCACAAAGCAUUCAAUACCAGAAAGAAUCUUUAUCUGGAUCUCCGAAGACACUGACUUUAGUGGAGCUUCCCAGCCAUAUAACAUCUGCUGUGCUUAGUACUGCUGACGCUAAUGAAACUGUAAUACUGGGCGGUGGUGUGCCGGACACGCCAGAAAUGAUCACUUCAGGUCUUCCGACAUAUGAUGAAUCUCAAAAAAGUAAAGAUGAAGAGACAAAAGCACGCGCCGAGGGGAUAUUCUCAGAUGAGACACCAGAAAUGAAAAAAAUGAAUAGUCUAUCUGGUGGCAGCGAAGUAAAUGAUUUGCCUGAAACACAUACUGAUAACAGUUAUGAAGAUGGUUCUGAUUGCAACGAUAUAGAAGAAGAAAAUGAUGAUGAAGAUGAUGAUGACAACGCGAUUGAAGAUGAUGACCAAACUGGAGCAAAAUUAGACCAUUUAUCAAAAAAUAGAAGUACCGACGAAAUGAAGAGCAGUGUAUUUCCGAAAAAGCUUAUACAUGACAAUAAGUUUAUUUUAAAGGGGAAACAGUUGUCUACUUUAAUGGCCAAAUUUUACAGUGUAAACUGUGAAUACUGUCGCGAAGGAAAGGACGAAAAAACUCAGUACGUGGAUAUAGAUUCUUAUAUGACGCACUGUAAAGAUGUACAUGGUAUGAAAGGUCAUGUUUGGUGCUGUCAUAAAAAAAUCUUCAAGCCACGGCUCAUGGCCAUGCAUAUGGCAAGACAUUUACAACCCGAAGUAUUCAAGUGUCCUGAAUGUAACAAACUGAUGACAACUCCCAAAAUUCUGCAAUACCACAUUCAAAAUCAUCGCCCGGAAGAAGAAAGACCUCUCAAAUGUAGCAUCUGUCCUCGUAGAUUUACUUAUGGAAGUGCAUUAGUAUCGCACAGUCAAUCACACCUGCCAGAAGAGGAGCGUACCCAACAUGUUUGCGAUGAAUGCGGAAAGGGAUUUAGCGCAGCAAAGAGGCUAACUGAACAUGUUCAGUUCGUUCACUGUAAGCUCGAACAGCUGCAAUCUUAUGUUUGUCACAUUUGCGCUAGACAAUUUACAUCUAAAAGCAAUUUAAGCUAUCAUCUGACUACACAUCAACCAAAAAUCUAUCAAGUACAGUGUGACAUAUGUAAGAAAUGGCUCAAAAACAAGCUUUGUCUGCGAAAACAUAUGGUUCAACAUUCAGCAGUUCGCCAUAAAUGCAACCAAUGUGAUUAUUCCGCCGUUAAUAUGCAAUGUUUGCGGAAUCAUAUGCGAGUACAACAUACAGAUCUGAAGCCUUUUGCAUGCAACGUGUGUGGGCAGACAUUCAAACUGAAAAAUACCCUGUUAAAUCAUUUUGUACAACACACGGGUGAACGAAAGUUUAGCUGUGAGUUUUGCUCCAGAACAUUCGCUUCUAGUGGUAAUUACUAUGCUCACCGGAAACGGAUGCAUCCGCAAGAAUUGGCUAUACAAAAAAUGCGUAAGGAGGCAGAAGAAAGCGAGUUCCGCUCAAAAACGCUACUCAACAAAUCGAAAUGAUUUCUGGUUGGCCGGCCUCGAUGUAGUGAUAAAAAUCGAGUGAUUGAACAUUUGAGCUUCGUCGUAGGGCUAUCUUUUUAAUUAUAAAUAAAUAGCAAGGUGCAAUUG